CUUGUUGUUAGGGAGGUUGUCAGGGGCAGCGCUCCAUAGCCCAGCUAGCUAAUAGGAGAUUAUGAGUCUCGGGCAACGAUGUUACAUUUAUUAAUUUAUCGACUGGCGGCUUGCACCAUUUUCCCGUUCAUCGCUGCUUUACUUAUUUGCCUAAAAACAGGAAUGACAGCGACGGCGUUUUUCGAAAAGACCAGACUUUCGCAGGGAUGUUUGUCCCUUGGCUAGCUUAAUAUUUGGCUAACGUAAUCAGGCAGUCGUAAAGUGAUAGACAUUGACGUUACACAGUAAUUGACAGGCGUUUCCAGGUUUACGCUGCGGUUUAUUUACAGUUGUUUUAGUGAGAUAAAAUGGAAGACACUGAAGAAAAUGUAAUGGAGCAGGAAGAACCGCUCGUCAGCGGCAAGAAACCAUCUUCCUCUCGUCGCUCCACUCGACUCAACAUCCAGAGGAGUAGUGUCUGCUCUCGGGCUUAUUUCGUCGUGGUCAUGGUCUUCUUCCAUGUGUAUAUCCUGAAUGUCAUCGCCCUGCUGCUCUACGUGCACUACAAUAACGGUGCCGGGGAUCUGGUGAGCGGAGACACGGCCUCGUCAGCAGCAGUGAGCCAGGGUGGCAGCUCUCUGCCCCGUCCCUCUGCUCCAGCUGCCAGGCAGCUACAUGUGGAGGAGCACAGUCAAACUUUCAGUCUGUCUCGUAUUGAGGGAAUACGGGUGGGACAUGUUCAGCACGUUUCCUUGGUGCCGGGCAGAACACAUGCAAUGGUGACGCUAAGCUUGAAACCGCUUCUAUUUGAGAUCCCUGGCUUCCUGUCAGAGGAGGAGUGUCGCGUUGUGGUGCAGCUCGCUCAACUCAAGGGUCUGAUGGAGAGCCAGACUCCAUCACCCAGCCCGGGAAGAGAGGACUCAAACCAGCCGUUACUUUCUAUCAGCACAGAGGAGGUUUUCAGCCUGUUGGACCUGAACCAGGACGGGCUACUGCAGAAGCAGGAGAUUGUGAGUCACUCACGUUCUCGGGAUGGAACUUGGUUGAGCCCAGACAACUUGCGGCAGAUACUCACUGGUCUGGAGGUUCGUCCAACAGGUUUUCUGACCUUGGAGGACUUUAGGCAUGUCUAUGAUGUGUCACAAGGCCCGGGACAGCAACGAAGUGGGAAGCUCCAGAGUCACUUCAAACAGAGAAGCAAACACACGUGGCUUUACCAAGGAUCAGGAUCUCACCACAUACUGCAAACACUCAGGAACAGAGUCAUCACUCUGACACGUUUGCCCUCAUCAUUGGUGGAACUGAGUGAGCCUCUGCAGGUGAUUCGCUAUGAACAGGGAGACUUCAGUGACGCCCACCAUGACAGCAGCCAUUCGCAUUUAGAGACGAGCUGCGCGCACACACGCCUGGCGGGAAACACGUCUGCGCUCACAGAGGUCUCCUGCAGGUAUCUUACUGUGUUGUUCUACCUCAACUCUGCAGAGGAAGGUGGAGAGACAACCUUCCCUGUGGCAGACAAUCGUACCUAUGACGAGCAGGCAUUGGUCCAGGAUGGAGCUGACCUGACCAACACACAGGAGACGUGUGGCAGGGGGAACUUGAGAAUAAAACCUUCUCCUGGGACCGCACUUCUCUGGUACAACCACCUGUCUGAUGGAAGAGGUUGGAUAGGUGAGCUGGAUGAAUAUUCCCUGCACGGCGACUGCCCGGUCAGGCGUGGGGUAAAGUGGGCGGCCAACAGCUGGGUCAAUGUGGACCCAGACCAUCAGAUGCAGGCACGCUACCAGAGACUUGUUGCUCAGAGGCAUCAAGCUAAGUCGGUUAUGGAGGAGCAUUACCAACCUCUCUCACACAGUGACCUCCACCAGGAUCUAUAGUCUAUAGGCUAUCCGGUCCUGUAUGUAUGAAGCUGGCGAGGCCUGAAAGAUGUUUUAUAAAUUCAAAUUGCACAAGAUAAAAUAGGAUUUUCUACUUUCAGUAAAUUUGGUAGUGUAUUUUAUUUUGCUGAAUGAAAUUCUCAUUUCUUAAAGCUACAGUAGGCAGGAUCAUUCAACAGAUAGUUUCAUCCACAGGUUGUGAAAAUACUCACAUUUUGGAUGACAGAUCUAUGUCCUGAGCUCCUAACAUUUUACUUUCUGAUAAAUAUUUCUUGCCUUUAGGUCAUAUUUACCACAUCCUCGUGUCCAUAGAGUCUGUCUUAGUCCUUGUGACGUAAUAUUGUCUUUUGUCCCACGUCCACGGUGGCUUGCAGGAACUGAAUCAUAGGAGAACAUUUUACUGGAUCACCAUAGACCCGGAGGACUGCUAUAAAACACAAUCCAAAUGAGUGUAGAAUACCGAGUGAUGGAAAACCCACAGACAACAGAUUCCCGCUUGUGGAGUUUAUCGGGAACUGAAUCAUGACAGUGAAGAUUGCAUCCACAGUCACAGCUUCAAGGUUGGCAUUUAAGGGGAAAGUAACUCGCAUUGAAAGCGUGUUAUUGGUGUGAAAGGGUUGGAAUAAUGUCCGCCCUGGCUGUUUCCACACUGGUGAAAAGCAGCCGGGGGUAUUUUAAGGAUCAGAUAUUCAGUCUGUCUGGUUCUGUGAUAUAUUGCUCGAUCUCUGUGGAUUUAAAGUGUUCAGUGAACUCUUAGGCUGCAUUCACACCAGCUCCUUCUUAAUCGAACCUUAGUCUGUUUGCUCAGAAAGUCCGGUUCUCGACUUAAAAUAAACAGCAACGUUUUUCAACAAAUUAGCAAGAUUCGCCCGCACAGUAGAGCAGUUAAAAAAACGACGCCAACAUUGCAUAAAAAUAUGUGACAUGCUUAGAAGAAGCGGCAGUAUAUGAAUUCUCUAUUACAGUGAAUUGAGCCUUAAACGUAUGACUUCAGAAUAACAUAUCUGUGGAUGCUUGAAUGGGAUUUUGGGGCAAGAGAUUGCAGUUAUGUAAAAGAUAAGCUUGCUUACCUGCCCUUUCAUUUCACUUCAGACAUCUGUCAUGUCAGUGGUAUUUACUGUUGGAGAGUUAAAGCUUGUUCUCUGUUUGUUCUGUUGUUUCCAGUUCUUGAGCUUUUAUUAUGAAAUGUUGUUUAGCAUAAAUACAGGACUUUUUCUAAACUGGACUUAAAUGAUGGCUGCGGGAGGCCAGUCCCUCAGGUGUAUUUCAAAAUGAGUUAUUUUCUAUUUCAAUCUUCUGUACUUCUGAUCCUCACGUGUCACUCAUAUUUAAUUGUCUGAAAGUAUUUAUUGUAAUUUAUUAUUUAUUAUUUAUUUACACCAUUUGGUGAUCUUGAAAUGAAGGGAAGGAGUAUUUAUUAUGGCUUGGCGUUGCACUGAAUUUGUCACUAUUUGUGUUCUAUGAUGUGAAAUGUAUAAAGUGUUGUUUUAUUAUCA